AUGGUUGACGUUGUUGAACAGACCGGCAUAGCACAGUAUAAAAAAGCAUACCUGCUUGCCGAUCCUCGACUCACAACGACCAUAAUGGACCAUGUUCGACAAGCUUCUAAUGAAGCUACCCAAACCUUGAUGAGGGGUAUCUCCAAAUUCGUUCUGAUGGCAGAUGAUACUGAACCACUUGAUGUCUUUCUCCAUCUUCCCUUAGAUGCAGAAGUUCAGUUGGCUGAGCAGAUGGAAGCUGGAUGCAAUGGAGAAGCUGCAGAGGUAGUGCCUUGCAAUCCAACUAGUCCAGAGAACACCAGGACAUUUAUGAGGGUUGGCUUAGGUUCAAUCGUAUAUAAUCCUAGAGUGAACCAACUUAUUGUACUUGGUGUCAGAAACUUCUCCACAAAGAAGAAAAAUUCUGGGAAGGUAUUAAUAACUGAUUCAAACAAUCCACAUUGGUAA